AUGCUUCCACCUCCAUGUACCUUCACUCCACAGGACAUAGUCAGCUUCACCCUGCCAUCCGCACCCACGGUGUUCUGGGUCAAACUGCGACCGUAUGCGCGUGAGUUGCUAGCUGGACUAAGUUCACUAUACGAACUGCACAUCUAUACACACGGCAGCAGAGAGUACGCCCUCCAGAUAGCGAGCAUCCUGGACGCCAGUGGCAAGAUGUUUGGCAAUAGGAUCCUGUCACGGGACGAUGGAUUUGAUCAG